AUGGGAAUCUCUUAUCCUGAGCAAGUGACCAGGUUUCCUCCAGACAUCAUUGAACUAAUUGAGAAAUUCAAUGUUUCAGAAGCCUGUUUCUUACCCCCUCCAAGAAGCAUCAAUCUUAUAUUACAAUUGAGCUGGCUGGAUAUCGGUGUCUUCGCUGCACUGACAGCCAUGACUGCAUUGUCUGUCAUCAUCUACCUGGAGAACACUUAUUAUUUACUGAAAAAAGUGAGGUGUCCCUUUAAGAUGAAGACUUUAGUGUGGAUCAGCGCAGCACCAACGGUGAUCGGCAUCACGUCUUGCCUGGGACUCUGGGUUCCUCGGGCCAUCAUGUUCGUUGAUAUGAUGGCAGCAACGUAUUUUGCAGUUUGUUUUUAUCUGCUGCUGCUGGUUAUUGUGGAAGGUUAUGAGGGACAGGAAGCCAUGCUGGAACGCCUGGAGACCGUCUCCAUAGCGAUCAGCACAGGGCCGUGUUGCUGCUGCUGCCCUUGUCUCCCUCGCAUGCGAAUGACCAGGUGGAAAUUUAGGAUUUUUGUGCUGGGAUCGUUUCAAGUGGCCUUUCUCCGACCCGUCAUUUUCUUCCUGGGAAUUGUUUUAUGGACAAACGGACUGUACAAUCCGGAUGACUUAUCUUCAACCAGUAUUUUUCUCUGGCUUAACCUGUUCCUGGGAGUGUCAACAAUCCUUGGGCUUUGGCCAGUGAAUAUCCUGUUCCGAGAGGCUAAACUCCAUAUGGCUGAUCAGAAUCUCACAGCAAAGUUUGCGCUGUUUCAGGCGAUUUUGAUCCUGUCCUCACUGCAGAAUUCUAUCAUUGGAACACUGGCAGGUGCUGGGAACAUCAGCUGUGCUCCUCCAUACUCUGCGAGGACCAGAGGCGAACUUAUGAACAACCAGCUUCUAAUUAUUGAGAUGUUCUUUGUUGGAGUGCUUACACGAGCGUCCUACAGGAAGGAGGACGAUCGGCCAGGUUAUAGAGCACUGGACACAGCCCAACCCAAAAACAAGGAGAAAAGAGGUUGUCAAAUAUCAACAGAAGAUGCCAAUAACCAGGUUACCACUUCACCUGGAGAUCUAAGAUAACCAGGCACUGUAACCCGUAA